GUUCACGGAAAGACUUUAGAUCAAGUUGCCGAUAUGAUGGUAGCAAAUGCACAUAAUUUAAUUAUAACUAUUAAACCAGCAAAUCAGCGAAAUUCUUUACAAAGGACAGGAAAGAAUAGAAAUUCUGGAUAUCAGGAUGAAAGCCAAAACCUUUCUUCUUUUACAAAUGAUAAAAUUCCAAUAACAAAUGGAAGUGGUGGAAGAGUAUAUCCAGCAAAUCAACAAAUAACACAACUACAAACAUCUAACAAUAACAAUAAUAUUAAACAUUUUCAUUCACAAAAUGAAAGGCAAAAACAACAACAAUUAUAUGAAGAAGAUAAUGAUGAUGAUGAGGGAGAAGAGGAAGAAGAUGAAAUUGUUGAUCAUACAAAAACAGCAUUAAAAAUUCGUUAA